UGCAACUGUAUGCAAUUCUCUCCGCGGGUGGAGCGACUUUCUCUCGACCGAACUGUGAAAUCUGCUGCUUUCUAAUACAUCGGUUUAUGUCCUAUGGAUGUAUGGGACUCUGAGCCUCUGGAGGAGUCGCUGUAGAAUCAUUUUCCUUCGGUAUUUGACUUCCAUUUGAAGAAUAUUUCUGAAACGGAUGUACCUGAAAAACACUCCCCCGGCACUGACAGACCACCGCGGGAAAUUGUUGGUACUUCCUCUGCAAUGAAGUCUUGGCGCGACAUUACAGUUGUAAACAACAGGAGGACAGAUAACAAUACCCAAACGGGAACUGCUUAAGGUAUUGAGACAAAGUAAUACCUGAAAGAAUGGAGGACUUUGACAUCAAUGAUGCCCCUGGCCUCUUUGUACCUGAUGACAAUGAAGACUCUGUGGAUAUCUAUGAUGGCCUGGACCUCAGUUUUAGCAACAGCAAAGCGAAACCAUCACCAAAGGCUUCUCAGCUGAAAGAAUCGAUGGAUCUUUAUGAAGAGAUCGUCACAGAGGAACAGCACAGCAGAGAGACAUCGUACUCUGAGCUCAAGUCCAGAUUCCACGCAGCUCAGAACCAAAUCAAAGAGCUGCGCAGGAGGGUGGAGCAGAUGGAGAUCCAGAACAAGGGGUUGAACAAUGAGAACUUCUGUCUGAAAAAGAACAUCUGUGCACUCCUACAAACGGCCAGACAGGAGGUGCUACGAAAAGAUGCUGAGAUCCAGAGGCUCAACCAACUGUCAGUCAAAGGUCACCAUCAUCUUCCAUCUCGCAUGAAUUGGGAUCAAAAGUCCUCUAGUCAGACAUCCACAGGCAGCUCCAAGAGCAGGCCGCCUCGUCCUGCACCCUCCAAUCUUCAGCCACCUUUUUCAUCCUCCAGUCUUCAGCCACCUCCUCCUCCUAAAACCGCUAGUCUUCAGCCACCUCCUCCUCCUAUAACCGCUAGUCUUCAGCCACCUCCUCCUCCUAAAACCGCUAGUCUUCAGCCACCUCCUCCUAAACUCUCCAGUCUUCAGCCACCUCCUCCUCCACCCCCCAGGCUUCAGCCACCCCCAUCCAUUCCUCGUCCCCCUCUUCCGCCUCUACCAACUUUACAUCCAAGCAAGGAUCAGCCUCCAGGGGGUCCUCCUCCACCCUACAGAAAAGAAAGUGAUAUCUCUGCUCAUCAGCUCAGUGGAUCCAGCAGGAAAUCCAGCAGCCGCUCAUCCUCCCAAGAGAGUCGGUCGGACAAACACAAGUCCAAGCACAGAGAGGGAAAAUGUCCAAGUCAGAAACUCUCUGAAUCAACAGAGAGAAGACAUAGAAGUGGUUCAGAUCCCAACAGGGACAGCUCUGCCCCCGACAAAAACAGGUCUCACAAAGAUUCAGGACGAAGACAUGACUCCAGAUCGAGUAAGAGCAGGAGCAACCUACCUGAUGAGGGGCACCACAGAUCAGACCGGUCCAAAAGCCCUCCACAGGUGGGUGCAAUUUCCUGUGAUGACAAGAAAGGAAGAGGUAGAGCAAGGAGGAAAGAUUCAGCCAAAACAUCAGACUCUGAACGUAGCUACUGCUCUAAAGAGGGCCAUGGUCGACAGCAUAAAAUAAUUAAGACGAGUGACGAGAGAAGAAAUUCAGACUCAAGGGACCGGAAAAAGUCCUCCUCAAACCAUCUUCCAGAGCGCAGGGAGUCCUCCAAAGAACGGGGAGGGGAGAGAUCGUCAAAGGAUUGUGAGAAGAAGGAGGAUAGACGACGUGAAGAUAAAAUCAGCAGGAAAAUUCAGAGGAGCGUCCCGACAGAGAUGGGCAGAGAACUUGAGGAUGUGAGGUGCGACCGAGGUAGAGCGGAGGUCAGCAGUAAGGAAAGUCAAGAAAAGACCCACGUGACCUUAAAGGGAGCACCCAAAGAGCCGAGUGUCACAGAGAAAAGCUCCGGGGAGGAAAACAGUCCUAACAGGAAGCUGUGUUUCAUGGAAACAUUGAAUCUAACCCUCUCGCCAAUCAAGAAGCCGCUCAUGCCCGUCACCGAGGGCGACCCAACACAAGUAGUUGAAAACGCACCAGAUGAUGAGAGUUCACAGCCUGACAUCGAGGACAUGUGUGUGAUUGAUGAACUAGAAGCAGAAGAUGUUGCAGAACCAUCUUUAGAUUCCCAGAAAACCUCUCGUUCCAAGAGUUGCGAUGAUCCAAAAGAUGUCCAGGAAAAAGACAAACAGAAGAGUGAAAGUCCUGCAGCUGAUCAGCAACUUCAAGACAUUGUAUCCCAGACCUCAUCAGCUCAAAGCCAACUGCCAGAAACCGAGAGGAAUCUCAAGGCAACAUCCCCAAAGAGCAUUUCUUUAAAAGCAGAAAAUGAGGAUAAAAGCAAGGUGGUGUCACAUGGUUGUGGGUCUGUGAAGGCUGCUAAAGAACAACACACCGGACAUCCUCCUUCACAAACACUACCUCCUAUUGUAGACCCCAUUGAUUCAAGUGUAGAACUCAAGUGUGGAUCUCCUAAAUCUGCAGAACAGAAAAGCCCCGCUGUGGAUUCAGUCAGAGAAGAUGAAGCUUCUUCACCCACAUCGGAACAUCCUGAAGCUGUAGAUGUUCCUGACCGAGCCUUCCAGGAAGUUUCUCCCAUAGUUCUACCUCAGGACCAGCUGUGUCCUCCUGAUGGCCAUCCCAAGAAAGAUGCUCCUUGUGAUGUUCCUAAAGAAGCGGACGCUGUAUCCAGUACAAUAACCCUCGAAUCACUUCCUCAAGAAGGGCUGAGUCUACCUGAGGCCAUUUUUGUUUUGACACAGCGAAACGAGGACAGCAUCGCCGUUGAACCCAGCUCCUCCACCAGCUGCAUCGCCGUGUCCAAAGUCAGCAGCACCACAGAGGAGCCCGCGGGGGGGCCACAGAAGCACCUCCUGUUCACACCAAAGAAGAUAUUCUCUCCUGCGACCAGUCGGGGGAAUAAAGUGACGCCUUCCAGUUCCGUGCCAUUACUCCACGAUGAGGACUCCAUGAUGCACACACUGAGCAAUCUGAAGACCAUCCCUGAUGCGAUAAGCCCCCUGAGGAGCCCCAUCAGGUUCUCCAAGAGAAACCACCUCCACCUCCACAGCAAGCCGGGGCAUGUCAAGAGCCUUCAGAAAGACUUCUCCAGCACAGCUCUCGCUGAAUCCUCAAAGAAGUUGGAUGUAAACAAAGAAAACAAAUAUCCCGGUUCUCCUGCAAACCAUGACACACCGAACUCAGUGGACAAGGUGUCCGACCCGCCUUCAAGUACCUCCGACACCGACCUGGAGGAAGGAGAGAUAUUAAGCGAGAGUGAUGAGGUGGCUUCAGACUCUGCUGUUCCUGCAAACAAGAAGCUAGCGAAGCCCAUGCGACCCGUCAGAAACAAAGCAAGUCCUCAGUCUGUGUUGAAGUGGAAAUCUGAAGCAAGCUGUGUUGCAUCCAAAAAAGUCAUAGAAACAGUAGGAGUAUCAACACGGAGUCCGAAGAGUCGUUUUAAAACAGUUUGUCCCGCAGCCACCAAGGCUUCUUUUUCCACUGUGGAGGAAGUGAUGGAGACGUUCAAGGUGGUCCGUGCUGAGAUCCGAAAAAAGUACAUGAAGCUCCACAAAACCUUCCCCAAGAAGAGCUUCUAUGGAGUGAUGGAGAACUUCCAGGAGUCUUUUUUAGAAUUCGUAGAGGGGGCUCAUUUGGGUCAGAUAUGCAGUCAGGCAGUGGAGCUAAAAUCCAAACUGAAGAAUUUAAUUACAUGUGUGUUUAGCAAACUGUCGAACAAUGGUAUUGUGAAACGCAUCUUUGAGCAGCAGGCGGUGGAUCUGAAGCAGAGGCUGUGGGACUUUGUGAAUGUCCAAGUUGACUUCUUGUUCAAAGACAUUGACACUACACUGAAAAGCCUGUGCAACCAAAGAGCUCAGACUGAGGACAAGAGGCCCGCUGGAAAUAAGAAAGAGUCCGAACAGCCCCCUAUGAAGAAGCAAUGUCAACAUCUGGACACGCAGUCGCCUCCCAGCAGCUUGAAUCGAAUGAUGCCCAGUCCUGUGGUGCCUUACAGAACAGGCCUUGGAAGCAGAGGCAAAGAUAUCAGAAUCACACAAGAGGAGAAAGACAGCAGUGUUCCCCCACAUCUAGCACAAACUGUGGCCGUCUACCGUCCUCCCAAGAAUAUCCCUUCAACUCCAGAGAAAAGUAGCAUGUCGUCUUUGUUACCUCCGAAUGGUUCUUUGCUGGACAAAACUGACUUUGAGCUUCUCACAGAGCAGCAAGCCUCCAGCUUAACAUUCAACCUGGUGAGGGACUCUCAGAUGGGAGAGAUUUUCAAGUGUCUCCUGCAAGGAUCCGACUUACUGGAGAGCAGCGGCAUCACCGGAGACAACACAGUGUGGUCCCUGAGCACACCGAGGAAGGACGGAGAGAGACUCCUCAGCAUCACUACUCCAACUAAAUUCGACUCCCCGUCUAAGCUGCUUUCCCCGACCAAAUAUGGGACUCCCUCGAAACUUAUCGCCACGUGGUCCAGCCUUUCACCUCGCAAGAUGUCCUCCCCACACUCCAAAGGUCGGAUACACCUGAAUCCGGCUUUGUUCGACGAGAGCUGCCUGUUAGAGGUUCCGUCAGAGAACAGAUCUUCACAGAGGUCCUAUUCCAUUCUGGCUGAAGACCUCGCGGUGUCCCUCACCAUCCCAUCGCCCCUCAAGUCCGACAGCCACCUCAGCUUCUUGCAGCCAUCCAGCAUGCACCUCAUGUCCACUCCGGAUAGCGUCAUCAGCGCUCACAUCAGCGAGGAUGCUCUGCUGGAGGAGGACGACGCGUCGGAGCAGGACAUUCAUUUGGCCCUGGACACAGACAACUCCAGCUGCGAUUCCAGCUGCAGCGACGUGCUCGCCACACCUUUCCUCUUCAAGCCCGACCUACCCAUGCAGGCGCUGGUGAUGGAGAGAUCCAACGAUCAUUUCAUCGUGAAGAUCCGUCCUGCGACCGCAGAUACCACAAUCACUGGUGAAGACAGCUUCAAUCACACCCUACUAGAAGAAAACCAGCAACAUAUUGCAGAGGACAUGAAAACAGGCAGUCAAGAAAUUGCAAUUUUGUCAGACAGAUCGUGGAAUCGUACAACUUCAAAUGCCUCAUCUGAAAACAGUCUGUCUGGGAUCUGUCACAACACCAAAGCAGAUAUCCAGCCCUCUCAGGAGGAAAGCUUAACACUAACAAAGGAUUCAUACCACAAAAAAGACUCUCCACCUCAAAAUCCCUCAGAGGGUUCACAGAAACAGUCAGUGAAGAAUCAGACUAAAGCCACUCCUCCAGACAGCUUUCACAAAGCUGCUCAAAGCUCUGAGCACUUCAACCAGGCACCCAGCAGAGAGGAAAUCUCCCUCUCUGCUGAGGAUAAAUCAAAUCAAACACACCACAGAGAAAAACGCAUGACAACGCAACAAAGUCCCUCCAAAGCUCUUUCAUCCAAUUCUCAGAAUAAGACGAGAUGCUCUGACACAGUGCUCUCCGAUCACAGUUCACCUUCUCAGAGCUCUGACACAAAUCAAGGAAGCCAAGAGUCUGCAUCACAUGUUUCAAUCUCCGGGGCCGUUGGAACAGAGGGAAGUCUCACCGUUGCAGAGGAAACUCCAGAGAAAGGCCGAAGGCAUCUUGACAGGAAUAGGAAACGUAAGAAGCACCAGGAGGAAUCAAAAGCCAAGAGGCUCAGGAAGCAGGAGGAGCAAAGCUCGGAGGAGAUGGAGUCGCUCUGCAGGACCGAUGACGGAGAGUCCAGAGCCUCCCCUGCAUCUCUGUCCCCCAGCAGUCUCUAUGCCAAGAACGUGAUCAGGAAGAAGGGCGAGGUGGUAGUGGCAUGGACCAGAGAUGAAGAUCGAGCGAUCCUUAUCACGCUGAAGACAAAAGGAGCUUCACGAGAGACUUUCUCUGCGUUGUCUGAGAAGCUCAAUAAGCCCUCAGAGCAGAUUGCUCACAGAUUCAACCAGCUCAUGAAGCUUUUUAAGAAGCAGGAAAAGAUGGACCCUUGAUCCCUCUGACUGUUAUUGCAAUAAUUCUUCAUGUACUGUGGUACCAACACCGGCACUGAACCAAUGGGGGGUCGUUACAAGUCCCUGUGGGUGGAAAAGUUGUAGUUUCUGCCACCAUCUUCUGGACAUUGAAGUGGACAAAAAGGACUCUCUUUCAGCACCACGGAUGAGAUAGAUUGAUGUGAACAGCCAAUAAAAAUAAAGUCACCAUCAGUGUUAUUGUUUCUGAUGCACUUUUGAAGUGAUCAUUCCCAAAUUGGUAUUGUUGUUUAUCAUCCUGAUGCAUCUUGCAUCUACUCGUAUGUUUCUCUCAGUACAGUGAGGAAAAACUGCCUUCAAACUAAGCUACUUCCAGGCUCCAGUGCUAGUACGCUCAGAUGUUUCUGCAUGAAAUGACAGGGGGAGGCUCACUGGAAACUACUUGAAGCAGCACCCAUCAGUAGACCGAGCAGUGCGACUGAUAGGUCCAAUUCAUGUAUAGGACAGUACUGUUAAUACAAAUGACACAUUUUAUCUGUUUGUUUGAUUUAUUCUUUUACUUUUUUUGAGUGGAAUGCAAUAUUGUGUGUAGUUCUUUACUAAAAAUAAAGUUUUAUUUAUUUA